AUGCGACCACGUAAACUCCGGCGCCACAUAGAAACUAAACACCACAGUUUAACAACCAAGCCGCGGGAGUUUUUUGAUAGGAAGCUUACUGAAUUGCAGUCACAGAAGAAAGCCACCCAGACAUUUGCUACUGUAAAUACCAAGGCAACCGAGGCAUCAUACCGCGUAGCAUUACGUAUUGCGAAGGCAGGGAAACCCCACAACAUUGGCGAGACACUGCUCCUACCUGCUGCCAAAGAUAUGUGUUCAGUAAUGAUGGGCGAAGCUGCUGCUGCCAAGCUGGAUGCCAUACCGAUGUCUGACAAUACCAUCCAGCGCCGCAUCUCCGACAUGGCAGCUGAUGUAAAGGAGCAGGUACUGGACGCCAUCCGUGACAGCCCUUUCUUCUCUAUUCAGCUGGACGAGUCCACCGAUGUGGCUAACUGUGCACAGCUAAUGGUAUAUGUGCGCUUUAUUAAAGAGCUCAGUGUCCAGGAGGAGUUUCUGUUUUGCCAUCCUCUGCCGGCGCACACUACAGCAGCUUUGAAUAACUUUGUUCAGGAAAAUCAUGUUUACUGGAGCCGCUGUUGUGGAAUAUGUACUGAUGCAAGUGGUGCAAGGGCAAUGACAGGCCGCCACAGCGGUCUAGUAAAACAGGUGCAAGCGGUUGCGCCUGCCGCUGUUUGGUCACACUGUAUCAUCCAUCGCCAGGCCUUGGCAACCAAGAGGAUGCCCAAAGAGCUGCGCACGGUCCUGGAUGAAGCAAUAAAAAUUGUAAAUCUAAUAAAAUCACGCGCCCUGAAUGCCCGUCUCUUCUCUAUUCUCUGCAAUGAGAUGGGGGCUCACUUCCAUCAGCUGCUCCUGCAGUCCGAGGUCCGGUGGCUGUCGCGGGACAAGGUCCUCACCCGCUUGUGUGAUCUACGCGAGGAAGUCCUCCUCUUCCUCGCCGAAAUCGACUCCCCACUGGUGAAACAUAUGGAGGACGCAAAGUGGGUUGCAAUGCUGGCAUAUCUGUCUGAUAUCUUCGACCGGAUAAACACACUGAACACUUCUCUGCAAGGCAAAGAUUGCCAUGUCUUUUUGGCACACGAUCAAGUCUCUGCAUUCAAGAAAAAGUUGGACCUCUGGUGCGCUCGUGUUGAACGGGGCUCGGUGGAAAUGUUCCCAACCUUGGAUGAUGUUGUGGAGAAGACAGGACUGCAACUGGAAUUUGUACAACAGGUGGUAAUUGCACAUUUGAAGGGGUUGCGUGAACAGUUUGGAGACUAUUUUGGAGAGGAGACCUUGGCAAAUCAGUGGGUGAGAAAUCCGUUCUCUUUCCCAGUGACACCCCGUGAUGGUCUGACCCUGCAAGAGGAAGAGGCCCUUGUCGAGCUGAACUCUAAUAUGGACUUGAAACAAAAGAUGAGUGAAGGUUCACUUGCACACUUCUGGCUGUCUGUGGAGACUGAGUUCCCCCACCUCACCAAAAAGGCUGUAAAAGUCUUCAUCCCCUUCACCUCCACUUACCUGUGUGAGUGUGGAUUUUCCGCAUUGACAAUGAUUAAAAGCAAGUACCGGUCACGGCUGCGGGUAGAGGAUGAUCUGCGUUUAUUCCUUUCUACAGCGCAUCCCCGCAUCGACCGCCUGUGCGCAUCAAAGACACAGACUCAUUGCUCCCACUAA